UUCUGUGACAUGUAUGGUUAUGGUUGUAAAAUAGAUGCUUGAAAACAAGAAUUUUUAUUCAAAAACGGCCAAAACACGAUUUUUUGAUUAAAAAAAUCACAUAAAAGCCCCAAGUCAAGUCUCCACUCACCUCAAGUGUAAACAAAAAGUUUGUGUAUGAAAAAAAAAUGCUCAUCAGUUGGAAGAAAGCCCCAUAAAAAUGAGUGUGCAAAGCGAGGACUUUAACGUGAUUCAAUUUGAAAAACGUUUGACCGCUUUGAAAGACUCCCAAGAGAACAUCAAUGCUUGUUGUAAAUGGUGUUUGGAAAAUCGACAAUAUCACAAGAAAAUCGUCAAUUCGUGGCUUAAUGUCCUCAAACGUGUCAAAGUUGAACAAAGACUCAAUCUGUUUUAUUUAGCAAACGAUGUUAUACAAUAUUCGAAAAGGAAACAGUACGAGUUUGUGGACAGUUGGGGCACAGCCUUACAAAAAGCCACAACUUUAGUCAGAGACGACAAAGUCAAGCACAAAAUCGUGCGAAUUUUCAACAUUUGGCAACAGAGAGGCGUUUACAAUGAGGAAUUUAUCUCGGAUUUGUGUGGUUUAAUCAGUGUCGUCCCCACAGCUUCCAAAAACGACGAACCACACGAAUUUCAGUCGUCUUAUGUUAUAAACAAGAUCAAACAAUGUUCCAAGCUUGAAAAUGAAACUGAUUUAAAACUAAAAGUUUUGAAAGAACACAACCCUAAAAUACAAAUCGAGACUGAAUCACUUUGUACAUCUCUUAAAGAUCGGGCACAUGUUGACGAUGUUGAAAAAGAAUUAGAAGUUUACGUGAAACAUCUAGAAGGUUACAUAAACGCCCUAAAAGCGGAAAUUAAAUGUCGAAUUACGAAUAUUUCAGUACUGAAACAAGCCAACAAUCAAUUGGAUAAAGACAAGAAAGAUGUGAAAGUUGUAGCAAAUGCAUAUAAAGUGUUUGGGAAUAAGGUUAAAGCAUUCCAGAAAAAAUUAGAGGAACAUAUGUUGACAUUAAGUAGUCCAGUUCCUUCCCCUGAUAUAAAUGCACCUUCACCUAGUCCUGAUUGUGAUAUCGAGUUGCCUGAUGAUAAUGAAACGAAAACUAACAAUUCAACUCUUGAUUAUAACACUGCAGUCCCAUUUUCGGCCGGUUAUUACAACCCGGUUCCGCCCCCAUCAACAGAGCCCUCGAAUUUUGUCACAAAUGGAUAUACGAGUUUCAUAGGGUCAACUUUUAAUGUCCAAAAUUUAAAUACUUCUGCUCUUUUUACCAAUACCCCAACAACAACAUUAAAUACAAGUUUGACAGAAGUGACAAAUAGUAAUUAUGAUUUGACGACUGUUUUACAAUCAAUUGCUAGGCCUCCACCACCUCCUGUUGAACCCUCAGAGACAGGUGCCACUUUUCAGUAUCAAGAAACAUCUCACUUGCCUCUACUUCCACCUCCUAUGCCCCCAUUUAGUGAGAAUUCUUAUCAAUUUUCCAAUACUACUUUCACUCAACCGGUGUAUGAAAAUGCCCCAAUUUCUGAUUAUGAUGAAUAUAAUCCAGAACAGGAACUGGAAACGUGGGACACUGACCCGACUUGGACUCAACCAACAUUAGAUACAGACACACCUGAAAGCCCCCCAAAUUUCGAAAAAGAGGGCUACAUCGAAGGUGUGGAGUAUCACGAUAAUGUAGUCUCGAGUGGGGCUGCUGAUGUCGAUCACCGAUUACUCCAUCCAUUAGGGGACGGUAUUAGAGGACGUAAGGACGUCGAUCAUCGCAAUUUAAUAAGUCUGACUGGUUCACCUGCUGACGUUUCGUCCAACACGUGGACUUCAUCAGGACACGAUCAGGAUUAUCGUGUCGAAGACCAGGAUUAUAGAUUGCCGCCGUUUAAUAUCGAGCAAUUGAAGCUUCCGCCGCCCCCGCCGCCGCCCCCGAAGAAACUUCCCUCCCCUAGGAAAUUGCAGGAUAACACUGAGAGCAUCGAUAUGGAUUUGAGUGAGGACGAAAGUGAGGAGAAAAUGUAUGCGCUGUUGAAGCCGCCGCCCCCACUUCCUGACUUGCCUGACGACGUCGAUGCGAAUAGUUUUCUCGAUGAUCUCGACAAUGAUUUGAAUUCGAAUGAAUUCACGGCGAAUUUACACGACCCCGAAAUGGGGUUCAAUGUGCAACAAGCGCCGUUACAGCAUUGGGGGCCACCUAAACCGAAUUUCGGCGGCUUUCGAAAGGGGCACAGAGGCCGUGGGGGUAUGAUGAGAGGGCGAGGGAGAGGAUUUAGAGGAGCGAAUUUUAGAGCGCGAGGAUUUAGAGGCGGUAGACGAGGUAACUCGAGGGGGUUUCAAGGGGGGUACUGAAUGUAACAUUUGUACAAGACGCUUUAGUGUGUAUUGGAUAGAGAAAGAACAUUUUUUAGGCACAUCAUACACAGUACCUGAAUUCAAACAAAAUAUUAAAUCUGUGUAUGCUGGAGUUAUUUUGUAGUGACGCAUUUUCUUUUUUUUAGGUUGGAUUUCACUGUAAUUUUGUUCAACAUUGUACUGUAUUAAAUGCUAAUAAAAUGUAUAACUGGGUUUUAUAUAAUGAUUUACAUCAAUAUGUGAUCUGUGCAAAUAAAUCGAACGUUUCAAUUUUUAUUCCAAAAGGAAAUUCAUUAUCUACCUGAGGAAGAAUUUUUUGUGGUCCCCCUUUCCUUAUCCUUGAAACAACAUUUUUACACCCAAAACGUGUUUUUUUGCAUUACCAAAGGAAUUUUUGUGUUGUUUCCUGUAGGUAGAUAACAAAUUUCUUUCAAUUUCACAAAUCACAAAAGCCAAACAUUGUAAACAAAUCGAAAAAUAAAUUUUUUUUUAGUGUCA